AGCCGGAGGCGAUGGAGACGCUGUCCUUCCCCAGGUACAACGUGGCCGAGCUCCUGGUCCACAUUCGCAACAAGAUCCUCACGGGGGCCGACGGGAAGAACCUGUCCAAGUCGGACCUGUAUCCAAACCCCAAGCCCGAAGUCUUACAUGCCAUCUACAUGCGGGUGCUGCAGAUGGUAUACGGGACCCGGCUGGAACACUUCUACAUGCUGCCCGUCCGCUCGGAGGUGGCGUUCCCGCAGAUCAUGGAGGGCUUCCUGCCCGUCAGCAACCUGUCCCUGCACCUGGACUCCUUCAUGCCCGUCUGUCGGGUCAACGACUUUGAGAUCGCGGAUAUUCUGCACCCAAAAGCCAAGCGGACCACCCGUUUCCUCAGCGGCAUCAUCAACUUCAUCCACUUCCGGGAGGCCUGCCGGGAGACCUACAUGGAGUUCCUGUGGCAAUACAAAUCGUCCAUGGACAAGAUGACUCAGCUGGAGAGCGCCCACCAGGAGGCGCUGCAGCGGCUGGAUCGCCUGGACUCGGUGCCCGCCGACGAGCAGGCGGAGUUCCAGCAGCUGUCGGACGACAUCCAGGCCCUGCAGCGGACCCUGAGCCAGGACUUCCGGCAGAAAACGGCCGUGCUGCAGGAGGCGAACGCGCAGAAGAAAUCGGACAUCUCGGAGAAAAUCAAGCGCCUGAACGAGCUGAAACUCUCGCUGGCGACCUCCAAAGAGCUGCAGGACAGUCUCAAGACCAAGAUUGUCGAUUCCCCAGAAAAGCUGAAGAACUUCAAGGAGCGGAUGAAGGAGACGGUCCAGAAGCUCAAAGCCUCCCGGCAAGAGGUGAUGGACAGGUUCGACGUGUACCGCGACUCGGUGGAGGGGCUGCCCUCGUGCCAGCUGGAGGUCCAGCUGUACCACAAGAAGGCCCAGGAGCUGGCGGACAGCAGGGACAGGCUGGCCCAGACCGCCAAGGAGAGCCUGACCCUGGAGGACCAGAUCGAGAGCGCCCAGCUGGCCCUGAAGAAGCUGAAGGCCGAGGAGAGCGCCCUCCGGCGGCUGCUGGUGGCCAGGAAGGAGAAGCUGGCCACCGCCCAGCUCCGGAUGACCAGGAAGCAGGAGGACGCCGAGGAGUACAAGCGCACGGUGCUCGAGGACUGCGGGAAGGUGCAGGAGAAGCGGGGGGCCGUGUGCGAGCGCGUGGCCGCCAUCUCCCAGGAGGCGCAGCGCGUGCGGCUCAGCACCCAGCAGCUGCGGGACACGGCCGAGCGGGAGCGCCUCAAGGCCCGCGAGAUCUUCCUCAACCUCAAGGCCGGGCUGGAGAAGUACCACGAGGGGCUGGAGCGGGCGUCGGCCGAGGGGCGCCAGGCGCUGCUGGGGAGGGUGGCGGCGCUGAGGGCGCGGCUGUACCGGCCCGACAGCUGAGGGCCC